AUGUCCACCGUCCCCGAGUCCAACGGCACCACCAUCGCAGACACCACCGCGAGCGCCAUCUCCUCCCCGCCCGCCAAGCGCAUCAAGACGACCACAGCCGACGACGACACAGACAUGGCCGUCGAGUCCGCCCCCGUGCCGCCCGCUGCUGCUGCCGCGGCGGUGCCGGCCCUGCAGGUCAAGAAGCUCUCCGACAAGGCGCGUCUGCCUACCCGCGGCAGUGCCUUUGCCGCUGGCUACGACGUGUACGCCGCGCGCGACACGGUCGUUCCCGCGCGGGGCAAGGUCCUCGUCGACACGGACAUUAGCAUCGCCGUUCCCGCCGGCACAUACGGCCGCAUCGCCCCCCGCUCCGGCCUCGCGUCCAAGCACUUCAUCGACACGGGCGCGGGCGUCAUCGACGCCGACUACCGCGGGCAGGUGAAAGUGCUGCUCUUCAACCACGCCGAGGCCGACUACGAGAUCAAGGAGGGCGACCGCAUCGCCCAGCUGGUGCUCGAGCGCAUCGUCACCCCCGACGUGGUCGAGGUGCAGGAGCUCGAGGAGAGCGUCCGCGGCGCGGGCGGCUUCGGCAGCACGGGCAAGCAAUAA